AUGCACUUUGCAAUUUUUGGCACCAUGAACUCCUUCACGGUGUUUUUGGACGGUAUGAUGAAUGAUGCAACUCUGGCUUACCCCUCACAGACCGAGUUAAGCCUAGGUAAUUCCAUUGCUAUGGGGCUUACCCCUGUGUUUGGUCUUUUAGGUGGAUUUUUAUCCGACCGUUUUCACCCACGAAUCCUGCUUUUGGUCGCGAUGGCUGCCCUCUAUGUGAGCCUUUUGGCAGGUGCUUUGUGGGCAAAAACAGGCGUUGGAGUGGCACUUUCUUUUGCCCUUCCCUUAUCCUUUGCUGCAGGAAUGAUGAUUACCCCUGUGAUUGCAGCGACUUCCUCCUGGUUUGACAAACACCAGAGCUCGGCUAUUGGUCUCGUUUUUGCUGGAGGUGGAUGUGGAAGCCUUAUUUUUCCGCUUUAUAUUGAAUCCUUCUUGAAUCACUAUGGUUGGCGCACAACGUUUCGCUUUCUUACAAUACUUGUUGGAACUGGCGUUAUUGGUGCUGUAUUGGUUGAAAAAAGAUCACAACCAUCCUUGAAUGUCGGCACAGACGCUGGAGUUGAGUAUACCUUGGCCGCAGUCCCUGAUUCAAAAACAAGGACCUUUCGCAAUGCCCAUUUGCGUCCUAGAGAAAUCGUGCGCUUUAUUUUCACGCCAAUGUUGAUGGUGUCAUUUCUCUGCCAGAUCUUUUAUCUUUUCAGCUUCUCCAGUGCCAUUUACCUUCCUGUGCCCUUGGCGCUUACUAUGGGAAAGGAGGGAACUGUCUAUCAUGCCUUUGCUCGUAUUGACUCCGAUGCCGCUGGACGUUUGUUGACCUGGUUUGGCAUUGCUCAAACUGCUGGGGCCAUUUUAAGUGGAUUUGUUUCCGCCCACGUCGGAGGUGAGGCCGUUUUUUGCUUCUGUUCCGCCAUUGCUGCAAUCGGGUUUUGUCUUCUUGCGCUUUCCACGGCGUACGUUGCCCUCUCCUUUUCUGUUAUGGUGUUGGCGUUCUCCGUCUCUGGUAUGCUAUCAACUUAUCCAGCGAUUUUGACCAAAAUUUAUCAUGGAGCUAACCUUGGCCUUUCGAUGUCUCUGGUAUUCCUGGCGGGCUGCGUAAGUGGUUUGGCGGCGGCCCCGGUCCAAUCCGCGAUGCAAAGCGCGAAAAAUAACGACUACACGUACGGUUGCGUAGUUGCUGCGGGAUGCGCGGUGGGGGCGGCGUAUGCGUGCUACUUUUUCCAGUGGAAGUGCAAAUAUGAAGUCAUGGAACUGAUAGACAAGGAGCUUUCCCCUGUUUGA